AUGAGGAGGAGGUCGAGGGGGUCAGGGGACCGAAGUCCCCCUCCAGACCCACUGCACGCACCCAACCCCAAGCUCUUCUCCGAGGCACAAAAUGCCGGCUCGAGGCGCAGCGCCUCGGUUCUAUGCCGGGUGCGCUGCUCAGCCUAUAGCCUCCAGCCCCUCGAAAGGCUCCACCGCCGCCUCGGGCCCACCAGCAGGCAGCACAUGCCUAUAGGGCUCGAAGAGCUGCUGGACCGGUUGCCGCAGCGACGGCGCGGCUACAAGCCGCGGUCACGCGGAGACCGGUCGUCGGGGCGACGCGUGAGUUCCGUCCGCAGCCGGCACCGCCAUGGCCCCCAAGCGGGCCAAGGCCGGCGGGGCGGCCGCCUCCUCCUCCGCGGGGACCGCAGCGAAGAGCUGGGAGACUGCGCUGGCGUCCGCCCCGAUGAUUGGAAGCCUAGCGUCGCUUUUGUGGUGGGAGCCAGAAUUGAGGAUGAAAUUCACACAAAGGCCUUGUCCCUUGCUGUGCAGGUGCCACAGCGGAAGCUGUUCAGCGUGGUAGCACGUGAAGAUAUCUUCAGACAGAUUGCAGAAUCUGGAAGUCAGAAGGGAAAAAAGGUUAAGGAUGUGCCUAUGUUCUAUGAGGUAGUAGAAGUAGCCAAAGCCAUUUUGGAUAGUGGAGAAGAAAUUCCUGUUACACUAAUUGGAAAGCUAUUGAAAUUUCAACUGCUUUGCAUUAAACAGAGGGAUCUUCAGAGAAGGGACACUGAAAAGGCUGAAGAAGAGCAAAAAAAGGAAAAGAAUGGGGGGAAAGAGACAGGCAAACCUAUUGGCAAGGAGAAACCUCCUAGUGCCAAGACAACUGAGAAAGUAAGAAAAGGAAAAAAGACAGAAGCAGCCCCUCCAGUGCCAGUUACUGGUAAAAAAAAUACCCAAUUGAAGCGACGAGGAGAAAAGGAAGAGGAAUACAAAUAUAUUGAUGAUGAACCAGAUGACGGUGCCCAUUAUUACUUUAUAAUUUUGGGUUUCCACAACCUUCAGCUACUGCCAGUGAUGUCUGAGCUUGGAGUUAAUGUUUCAAGUGUAAUCAGGAUUUCUUCUGAGAAUUAUGAGCCAUUACAGACAUACUUGGAAGCAGCUAGACUUCAAGAAGAGUCUUUACUUUCACCUGAAGAUGUAGAAGCAGAAAAAAAAAAGAAAAAUGAAUCUAUCAAAGACCUGGAAACAUUUUGGAAAUACCUGGAACCAGUUCUGAGCAGUGAAAAGCAUGGGUCAAGACUCUUUGAUGUUGCCAGACUUCAUCACCUAGUUAAGGAGAAUGCCUUUCCUUCUGAUUGGUCUGACAGAGAAAUCCUGCUUGCAUUUGGCACUGAACUAUUUGAAAGCAUUGCUUGUUUAAUGUAUGACUGCAUAGACUGGAGAAGACAGCAUUGUAACUACUUGGAAAACACCAAGUUUAUUAAUGUGCCUGAAUUAUCAGAAAGCAAAUCAACACAGCCACCUGUAGUAACCAAGAUACAACCAGCAUCACAGAUUACACCUUCAAAGAAAAAGCAGCAAGCAGAAGAAAUUCUGACAACUGUAAUUUUAUCACAAGAGGAAGAAUUUUCUUUUAUGGCUGCUUCCAUGGAUAUGAGAUAUUACAAUGACUUGCUGAAUCAGAUUCCCGAGGAAUGCUUUUCUGUGCCCAUAAUGCUGAACUGCAUGCUGGAACAGGUUAUUGCAAGUGAAGAAAACCUAACACCACCUAGUCUGGUGGUGCCAGAAGAACGGGCAGAUGGGAUACAUCAUAAGAUUGCAGAUCAUAUAGCCUCUGUGCUUCCUUCACUUCCACUUUCUGAGAGUGAAAAAAAGAAUCUGUAUGACUACUUUUCUCCCAAAUACAGCGAAGAAACUGCAACCCCCAAAUACCCACUCUUAUUUAACUACCACGAUACUCUAGCUCAGCGCUUGCACCUGCUGAAGAUCCAAAGCAACUUAAAUCCAAAAAAGAUUGAACAUGAAAUGAUGGAUAAAUUGCCUCUUAAAGAACUUAUCCAUUUCACCCUUCCUUCAGCUGAAAAUGACUCUAAACGCUUGGCCAGAGUUCACGAGCUUAUGCAUUAUUGUACCAGUGAACUUCUGAGUUGGGCUGAAGUGGAAAGAGCCUUCAGAGUGUUUACUUUUGAAAGCCUGAGGCUGACUGAGCUGAGUGACUCUGGACUCCUGGAGAGCUCUGGAUCUCUGAUUGGAGGUGAUUCUGAAGUAUCUUGUAUACCCUGGGAUAAUCCAGCCAAGUUUGCAAGGCAGCUGAGACAACUCUACCUUAUGGAAACGAAACUUAAUGGGAAAUCACCAGGAGGCUCUGGACAUGCAAAAGGAAAAGACAAGGAUGAAAGAGAUGGUCUGGCUGUUUUGAACAAAGAAUUGAAUCUUUCUACUUCUGAUCUGGUGAGUCUGGAAAAUUCUGGUCUGGAACCAAAACUGGAAGAAAUAAAAAAGACUCAGAAACGUUGUCUGACAGACUGGAAUUUUGCUGAGCGUUUUCAUCCUGAUGUCCUUCUGCAGGUUCUUCAUACUGCAGCCCAGGAGUAUAGAUGUAUUGAUUCCUAUUAUCAUACACAAGAUAAGUCUUUGCUAAUGGUUCUUCACAAUCCUAUGAAUCAGAAUCGUUUGUGCCAGGAGACUUGGGAUGUUGCAUUGCACUCUAACGUUGGAUUCAGGAACUAUCUUGAGCUGGUAGCCAACUCAAUUGAAGACUGGGUUAAAGAAGAAGAAGUCAAAUAUCAAGAGAAGAGGAUAGCUAGAGAAAUAAAGGCUCUUAAGCAGGGAGAAGGUAUGACAGAAGGACCAUCUGAAUUUUUUGACUGUGCUGUCAAAAAGCCUGGCUUAUCUAUAAAAGCUACAAACAGCACAUCAAGACCGGAGAGCAUAAUGGACACCGUUCUAGAAUCUCAGUCCAUCAAUGAAAGAAGACCUUUUAUUAGAGAAGGUUCUCUUAAGGCUAGUAAAGAGAAACAGAAUAAAUUACUAGAGGAAGAACGACUUAAGGAAGAGAAAGAAGCAAAGAGAGAAAAUUUGAGUGGUAAAAUGAAAAGACAAGAGACAGUAAUAUGUGAAGAAAGUGAAGGUUCCAAUAAGAAAUCUUCCAAAGAGAAGCUUAAGGGUGAGCCAGCAAAAAUCCCUGAACCUGAGGAGGAUCUCAGCAUCCCAGAAACACAUUCUGAGAAAAUUUAUAAGUUUCUUGGUUACAACACAGGGGAGAAUCUCAUUCAAGUAUCUGGAAUCAAUCACUAUCUUUAUCCAUCUGAUGGAGGACAGAUUCAAGUAGAGAAGAUAGAGUUUGUAAAAGGUCUAACUUUGGUAAAGGUGAAAGUGGUAAAGGACAAUCACAACUUCUUCAUUCAUAUCACAGACCCCAAGAAAAACUUAACAGAAAUUGAAGUGCAUGAAAAUAACGAAGAACAGAAAACUGCACCAGGAAAAAUUAAAAAUAAAAAGAAAGCUGUGAGCAAGUUUGGAUCUUUUUCAGCCACGUUAGAAAAUGGAAUCCAGCUGUCCCUGAGCUAUUAUGGACCUACAGGGAAGACGGCAGAUGAUGAAACAGAUCCCAUCUUAGCAGCAAUUCUGAACGUUCCUUCUGUUCAUAUUCCGACUGUUCCUCCUUCCAUUACAUCAGCUUCAGGAAAAAAAGACAAAUCAGUCAAACAAAAAUCAGGAAAAUCUCUGCCAUCUACAAAAUCAAGCGGUAGCAGAAUAAGCUCUUCACCACCAGACAACAAUGAAAAACAAGAAGAAAAGGUGGAAGUAGAAGAACCAGCUUCCCAAACAAAAGUGAUGUCAGCUGCUCUUGCUUUCCGAAGCCUCAACGUCUCCUGUCCUAAUGGACUAGCAUUAACUUUCCUUGGUGAAAGUUUUGAAGAUUUGGAAGGUGCAGCUGCUACAGUUGAAGCUAAGGAAGAUGAGGUUGAGAAAGGUGAGAUCAGAACAUAUAAAGUCAGAGAAGAGGAGGGCGAGAAACGGCGGACUGAAGCGGAUGAAGCCAAGGAAGAGGAGGCUGAAAAAGAUGAGGCCAAAGCAAACGAGGUGAAGGGAGAGAAGGCUGUGGAAAGCGAAGAGAAGGAACAUGAGGCUAUAGAAGGUGAAAUAAAACAAGACAACACCAAGAGAGAAAAUGCCAAGCAACCAGCUUUGAAAAUUCUUGUUAGGCAAAGUUAUCCCCAGAACGUGAACAACUCUCGUCUAUAUGCAUCAGUGACAAGUCAAAGAAAACAAGAGGUAUCAAGAGUCAUCACCAGUCAAGGAACUGUUGUAAGAUACAUGAUGGAUGGAUCUACCUGGAUUCUGUUUGCUGAUGGCACAGUGAGUAGAAGUCCUGAUUCUGGCCCUGUCCUACCACCACCUGUAAUUCCAGAAAACAUGCAACCAUUAUCAGAACCAGAACCUUUAGCUGAGAUGAGCACUAGGAAAGGAAAAGGCAAUGACAAAAACAUCGUAUUGCACCCAAAGAAGGAGGAAAUAUUUGAAGACGUUACUCAGGGUCUGGUUAAUCCUGAGCAACCUAAGGAGAAUCAAGCAGGAACCUGGAUAACAACAACCCCAUUAGGCAUUCGAGUGGGAACUGAAGGAGGAAGGCAAAUGGUUCUGGAGCCAAUCUUAUUCUAUCAGGCAACUGACCCAGCUGAUGGAACAGUUAUGACUGUACGAGAUGAUGAAGUGAUAAUUGUUGAGAAGCUGGAUGGCAGCAGAGUAGUAGAUCAUGCAGAUGGUACUAGAAUCACAACUUUUUACCAAGACUGUGAAGAACAUCCUGUAGCUCAGGAGAGCAAGAAAACAGAUGAACUCUCAGAAACCAUCACAAGGAAAGUAAAAAGGAUUCGAGUAGAAAACCCCAAAUUUGCUACUGUUACAACAAAUUGUGAGGAUGGUACCUGUUGUACCAUUUUUGGAGAUGGGACAUCCAUUAUAGCAAAGCCACGGGGAACAUAUCAGGUUCUACCCAUCAAGACAGGCUCCCUUUUCAUUGAUGAGGAUUGCUCAGCAGUUUAUACCCAUGAAGUCUGCAAUUUCACCACCAGGAAGGAAGGGACACAAGCAGGGAGAUAUAUUAUGAAACAUACUUCCAGCACUAUUUGUGAGAUGAUGGAUCCUGAAGGAAAUCUUUUCAAGGUCAUGGCUGAUGGCAGCACAUCUGUGUUAGUUCAAAGCAUUGGCUUUGACAGCAAGGAGAACAAAAGUUCAGCAUCCGUAGUCCCAGAAGUUAACAAAUCCAUCUCUUGUGAUGAACAUGUCCCCAGGUUCUUCAUCAUCCAUAUGGAUGGUUCAGGAACCGAACUCCUGCGGAGCAAGGAUGUGGAAGAGUAUCUUGCUGAGGUCUGUGGUGAUCCAACUGUUGCAGUCUUGCAGGAACCUGUACAAGGAUAUCCAGGUGCUGUAAGUAUUACCAUCCUCUUCCCCUUGUCUGAAGCCUCUCCCUGGGUGAUGAAGAAAGAACCAGAGAGUAUUGUUCCUCCAAAUCUUCGGCCAAGAACUUGGAAUGCAUUUUCUCCUUAUGAGAAGGAGACCACAGUCAGAGCACACAUUUGGAAGGGUCUCUGCAUUGGAUCCAAAGAGGAGACAUGCUUACCAGUACCUGUGCGAAAAUGUCCAAACAAACUGCAAAUCCGUCAGCUGUUCCAGUAUGAACCACUCAGUGAUGAACUAAGAAAAAAGCUACAGCUUUCUCUCAAGAAAUACAUAGAAAACAUUUUAAAGCAGGAAGAUGAGCUGGAAGAGAUGAAUUUAAAAGAACCAAGAACAGAAGAGGAAAAAGAGAAUGCUGCAAAUCUCCUUGACCUGGCUAAGUUCUUCCCUAACUGGGAGAAAUCAUCUGAAGAUCUCAGUGCCAAAGCUCACAUAACUGAGCUGUAUGAACAUGCAGUGGCUUCUCAACGCCUGCUUCACACCAAGAAAAGAGUCACAGAGCAAACAGCAGACCAGCAGCAGAGCUUCAGCACAGAAGAACAAACUCCAGUGUCCAAAUGGCAGAGCAAACUACAAGAGCACAGGAAAGAACUUGAUGAAGGAAAGAAAACCUUAAUGGCAAUAAGAAACAAAAUAAUUCCUCCCUACUUCAAAUCAGAAUUGGGCAAGGCAUUUCUCUCAAAAAAGUUUCCUGAUGUGGAAGCACUAUCUAAAGAACUUCCUCCAGUUCCACAAAAAGAAAGUGGGAAUCUCCUUCCAGAGACAAUGAAAAACAUCAGGAGAGAAUCUGAAUGUCUUAGUAGCACAAGUGGCUCCUCACCUUCCCCUAGUCUUCUGCUGCAGACUCAUUCCAUACAAAGCGAAGAUUCCAGCAGCACAACAGACUCAAGCUUGGCUGUGGGGUCAGAAGAGGCACCCUUUCAAGUAAAGGUUCAGAGUUUGCUGGUGAAUGCUGCAGGACAGCCAAGGAAAGAGAAAGUGAGAUUACCAUCAUCACUUCUGGGAAGAAAACCAAACUCCAUACCACAUAAAAAGGUAGAAGAUCCUGCCGCAGGAAGGGUCAACAUAUCUUCUCUUGCAAGAGCAAAACAGCAUCUUAGCGACUUCCACCUCAUUCCACCUCAAAUGAUGUUUGGAGUACUAAAGGAAGGCUGUACCUAUGCAGCCACUGUGAUUCUGAAGAAUGUUGGCAUUAAUUUCUCAAGGUUUCGGGUGAAGCAGCCACCUCCAUACACAGGACUAAGCGUGCUGUACACACCUGGGCCUGUGGCAGCAGGACUGCAGGUUGAACUGGAGAUAGAAAUUUUUGCCAUGUCAGUUGGAGAGGAAAGUACCGAUGGCUUUGAAGAAAUUUCCCACGAUAUUGAAAUAAUAACAGAAACAGAGACUCUUUUGCUGCCUGUGAGAGCAACUGUGUUAAGAAGUGACAUUUAUGAGUGCCGCCCCCAAGGAUACCCCCAGGGUGGGAUGGCAGCGACAGUUCGGGCAGUUCCUACAUGUCCCAAGCCACGGUUCCGGAUUAUGCUACCCCGAAAGCUUUCAAGCUAAUGUCAAAGCCUUGGAAGAAUGAUGUAAAAAGCAGCAAUAUUGAAUUACCCAAAUUUUAGACCAACGUUAUGGAAACAUUCCCCGCGUAGACUUUUUCAUUUAUUCAAUCAAACU